AUGACAAAUAAUCAAUCUGGUUAUUUUCUUAAAUUAUCAUCUCAACCAAUUAUUUUCGAACCGAUUAGUAAUGGCACAAGUGUUUUCUAUGAUAAAGAUAAUCAACAAUUAUUUUGUAUCGAAAUGUCUUAUGAACAAGAAGAAAAUACUGAUAGUUUUCGUUUUACUCGACGUAAAAAACAGAAUCGUUGUAUUAUAUCAAAUUCAAUAAUAAGUGAAAAUCAAUUGAACUUAAAUCAAGAACAAUUAAUAAGAAAUAUUGAAAAUAAAAUUGAAAUGAUUUCUUCGACUUAUUUUUGGAAACAGUUUGAAAGUUAUUUUCUUGAAUGGAUUAAUAAUCAACUAACAUCAAUCGAUAUAUUAUGUUAUGGCCUUGGUCAUAUAAGUUCAUCAAUAUCUUCACAAUAUCAAUAUGCAUUAUUGAAAUUAUUAGAAAAAACAUUUCAAACUAAAAUUCAAACUAUUUAUCUUUAUGAUCCAAUUUGGACAAAAGAUGAAUACAAAUUUCUUCGAAAUAAUAAUUCAUUUUCAAAAUAUGAAAUCUUAAAAGAAAAUAAUCAAGCUUAUCAAACAACAAAUUGUUCAUCAUUUAUUUACAUACCAUUUUGUUCAAAACCUAUACAUAACAAUUUACUCUAUUCAAAUUGGAAUAGAAAAAAUUUGAAAGAAAUUUUAUUUUUUGGAAAUAGUCUUGACAAAUUUGCGAACGAAAUACAGUUUGAUCAAAAGAAAUUUUUCUAUAUCUACCAAGCAGCAAGUUUUGCCGGUGAAAAAUCUUUGCCACUAUUUGAACAUUAUACAAAUGCUUUCAAUGAACAAGUGUUAACAUCGUUUGACCGGACUAGUGUACCGAUAAUCAAUGAAAAAGAAAUUGUACAAUUAAAACGAGAAAAAAUAAAAAAAAUGAUUGAUAAUAAAAAUCAAUUAAAAAAAAUAACCAUUGAACAACUAUCAGACGAGAUUUGGUCUUUACAUAUUAAACCGAUCUAUUCCACUGAGGACGAAAUUGUUGUAAGCUCUGAUUGCGUGACGGUGAAAGGAAAUCGCCAUGAACAAGCCUAUUCAUUUCGUCUCGAAGACAAAGGUGCAAUACAAUCUAUUAAAUUCAAUCCUGAUCUUUCUGUAUUAGCAAUAAAACGCAACUCCAAUUCAGUUGAAUUCCUUAAUUUUGCCCCUAUUCCGCAAACAAAUUCAUCAUCGCGCACAUCAAUGUCAACAGCAACUACAAUACUUCAACCAGAUACUAUUGAAUAUUCGCAGUUAUCAAAAACAAAGCCAAACAAGUUCUAUGAUUUCAAUUGGUUGUCAGAUAAAGAAAUUGUUUUUGUUACCGAUCAGGCAAUCGAACAUUAUUUCUUAAAUGCUGAAAAACGAACAUUACGUCCUCUAAAACAUCAACUGAUAAUAAAUAUAAAUUGGCAAUUAUUUUCACGUGAAAUGAAUAUUUUACUUAUAUCAGCUGGUUCACCAUCUGGAAAUGCAUUAACUCCAUUUUCUUUCCAUAAAAUGCAGCAACAACAACUAGUUAAAUUACCUAAAUUUGAAGUUGAUUUACCACAAGCACAAACAAUGAAUCAACGAUCAAAUUCAGUAGCAUCGAAUGCGUCUACUCAAUCAGCAAGUAGACGAUGUUCUGAACUGACGGAACGUGAUUGUAUGCUUGCUACUAUCUAUGAUAAAGCUUAUCUAUUGGUUAUUCGUCAAGUAUUCAGAGUUGCCGGACAAGGUUCAGUUGAAGUCGUACUCUAUCAAAUAGAAGCGGAUCAUAAGCCUGCUCAAAAACGUCACAUACUACGACUCAAUUUAUAUGGUAAAUGUGCAUUAAAUGUUGUCGAUAAUCUUAUUUUAAUUCAUCAUCAACCAACAAAAACAACUCACAUUUAUGACAUAGAAGAAAGUUCUACUUCUCAAUAUGACGGUUUUCAAACUAUACAUGAACCAUUGCUGGCUCAACUUUGUAUUCAACCAAUUAAUGCUAAUUGGCAGUUAGCUUCUUCUUCCAUAGGAACGCCAUCGACACCAAUUGAACUUUAUUCAUCGAAUUGGAUUGUCUUUUUACCAAAUGUUAUUAUUGAUGUUAAGAUAGGUUAUUUAUGGUAUUUAGUAGUUCACUUAGAUAUUUUGCUCGAUCUUAUACCCGAGCGGUUACGUUUAAUUGAUAUUCUAUUAAGAAGAAUAAAUGGUAAAGCAUCAAUAUUAACUUUACUUCGAACUUUAUUAACAAAUGUAAUUGCACCCGUACAAAUCGAUUCAAAUAAUAUAUCAAAUAUUAGUUCGUGUAAUGUACUUGAUUUAUGGAUUGAUAUGAUUGAUCGAAUAAAUCGUGUUUAUGUUGAGAAAUCGCCAAAUCGUCCAUUACUAGAUCAAUCAGAUAUAUAUUCUGUUCUUUCAUUGUUUUCAACGAUUGUAUCAAUAUCAUCAAUAGGUAGUACGACAACGCAUCAUCGUUCAUUAUCCAUAGCAUCAAAUGAUACAGUAUCAGAUGAUAAUCAUCAAACAAAAACAUUAAAAUUUGCUACAAGUAUUGUUAUUGAAUAUAUUCGUUCAUUGAAUGGUUUUAAUAUUCCAGCCGAUUAUUUUAUUUAUGAAUUACUUGUUAAUUUACUUGUCAAAAAUAAUCAAUUCUUCCAACUUCAACAAUUAAUUCAAUAUCAAGUUUUAACAGAUUCAUUAAAACUUGCUUGUUUACUUCUUUCCCUUUCUAACAAACAACAACCAACAACGCAAAUAGCACUUGAUAUGCUAAAACGUCUAACAAAUGCAAAUGAAGAAAUCGUCGAAAUACUUCUUGGAAAUAAUUUUGUAGUAGAAGCUCUUCAAUUUUGUAUAGAUCAUUUACCAAUAACACGCACAUUGGCACGUAAACUUUUAGAAUCAGCAUUAAAAUCUGAUGAACUUUUAUCAUCCACAACGUCCAAUCAAAAAAUUCUGUUUUUUACUGUUUAUUCAUUUUUUGAAGAAUAUUUUCUACGAGCAACAACCAUAAGUGCAUUAGCUCAAUCAGCAAAUAGUGAUGAACAAAAGGAUGACCUUGAACUGUUCAAAUCAUUGUUUAAUUUACAUUUUCGUAAUUCAGAAACAGAUGUUGCUAAUAUUCAGUGA